GUGAUUUGCUGAGCCGCGCUGAUACGUCGUCGUUGCGAAUCAAGCGCGGGGAUCGAGAGUAUUGGCUUCGACUCCGGAGUCAACAUCUUGCGCGUCAUGGCGAGUUUAUCAGCGACCAGCUUGUUGAACACAGUGCCGUUGCGCCUGGAGAUGGCUGCGGCGGCUGGAUGGAAGAACGGCGGGCGAGCGCUCCCUGCUCGAUCGACGUCGGCACUGGCAUACCUUUCAGGGAAUUGCUCACGUGGGGACCUCAGCAGGACACGCGGCGUCAUGAACGGCCUGAGUGAUUGGUCUAGCCGUGGACGGGUAGUGUCGGUGCCAUUGUAUGACGCCCAUGGAGGAACACUCGCCCGGUCGUUUGGGGUGAGGGCCCAAGCUCAGGGGAGGGAAGGAGGGUCGACCGGCGGAUCGCAAAAAGACGCGAGGGGAGGCGACGCCUCGAGGGCUGGGGGAGCGGGCAGCACAGCAGGUGCAGCGGGUAGCGCAGGAGGGGCAGGGAGUACAGGACAGGGCUCUGGAACUGCUGGAGGUGGAGCGGGGGCGACUUCAGGAACCGGGACCACGGGAGGAGGUGGAGCGGGGACGACUUCAGGAGCCGGGACCACGGGACGGACGGGAACAUCUGGAGCGGGAGCGGGGACUACAGGGGCCACGAGUGGCACUGAUUUGACGACACGCGGCUUGGGCGGGAGAGGUCUCAGUCGAGCCAUCGAUCGGCCUGGGCUGUUUGGCGGGCUUGCGGGUCCAUUAGACUUGUGGUCUUCGCCAGCAACUUCCGUUCGCCAGAUGAUGGAUUUAAUGGAUCGCCUCACGGAUGACACGUUUUUUGGCCGUUCUGGAGUGGGCAGGCUGAUGGGAGAUCAACUCCGGGGAUCGACCCGUUUGCCGUUUGAGUGGCGUGAGACGGAUGACAAGUUUCUGUUCCGAAUGGAUAUCCCGGGCGUUCAAAAGGAUGAGGUGAAGGUGCGGGUUGAAGGGGAGAACACGCUGGUCGUAAGCGCGGACCAUCAUCGUAGGGCGGACGAAGGCGAGCAUGUAAAGGACAAAGACAGAAUAGAGAGCGAGGCACGGUACUUUUCGCGGAUCAGUCUGCCAGACCAUGUGAAGGCGAACGAAAUCAGGGCGGAUUUCAAGGACGGCGUUUUGCACGUCGUCAUUCCCAAGGAGAAGGCGCCGGAAAGGAAGGUCGUCGACAUCUCGAUCUCUUGACGAGAAGGCGGCGGAAAGGAAGGUCGUCGACGUUUAGAUUUCUUGACGUGUCGGUCUACGAGGUCCUAAUAGUCAGCGAAGACACCGUGUAUGCUCUACGGAUCGCUCUGCCAGAAAGUCAACGCGAGAACGAGAUCAGGGCGGGAUUUCGAGGACGGUGAUUGGCCCCAAAGGUAAUAAACAUGUGAAAUUUUGUAGAUUGGUGAUGCUAGCUAUCGGCCAAUUCGGGUUUUAAUGGAGAAUGUAGAUUCGAUAGGAGGCAGUAGGAGUAAACAUGAUUCGUGAAAAAAAGAGAGACAAAAGCACGGCUACUCCUAGCAGAGGAAGGUAGUCUGCUUUCACCAUAUGGGGAAUGCUGGCUGCGAAAUGGCUGCUGGGCUGUAGAAUAGAGAAGAGAGAAUAAAUCGAGAGAAAAAACGGACGAGGAAGUUUUCUAGUGGAAAUAGGACUGUGCGCGGCCGGUAUGCUAGAAAAUGAGACCGUAUUGGUGCUGUUUUUUUUUUUUUUUUUCCCGUUGCAGAUCUGCUGCUGGGGUAUAGAAUAUGGAGAGUAGACAGUAGACAAUAGACAAUAGAAAAAAGUUAGGACAGUGAAACUUUUCACUGGAAUUUAGUUUGUGCGUCCCGUAUGCUAUAAGAUUUGACCGCACUGUUCCUAUCCCUGUCCGUUAUUUUCUCUUUCUUGUGUCUCCGGUUGGACGUGAGAUGUGCAGUAGACGUGGGAAAUGGAUGGGCGGCGGAGUAAUAAUAAAGUCAAUGCUAUUGCUCACGAGUGUAGAUUGCACGUGAUUUCAAAUAUCGCACAGCACACAGAUGAAGCCGUGGUUGCGGUGGUGGGUCACGUGGCUUUUUUCCCUUCAGGGCGUGUCCAUUUCCACUCACGCAUCCUUGAUGGCCUGGUCUUAUGUCAUAUUUUUUCGAAUUCAUGCCAUGUUGUGUUACGGAAAUUCAUGCCAUGUUCUGUGUUACGGAAAUGAAUCAGCUUCUUGGGU